AUGUUUUUGAAAUGGAUUUCUCAGUUAAAACUACUCGAACAUAAUCCUGAUACCGAUGUUCUCGCAAAAUUUCCCUUAAACGUUAGAAAAGUACUUAUAUCAGAAAUAACACAGACACUAUUAACAGCGCAUGAUCCGAAUCUUCUGUCAUCAACAACACACGUAAAAUGGGUUAUGGAAGCAAUUGGUCAAGGAUUUGCCUUACCAUUGGAAGAAAUGGGGAUAACAUCACAUUCUAAAGAACUUUAUUCACAGUGGUUAUUUGAACCUAAUUUUAGACCCGCUGCUAUUAGAGAUGCAACAGGGCGACCAGAGGAACAAGAAUUUUGGCAGACAAUUUUUCAUCAUUAUUCACUGUUGUUCCAACCUCGAACACCUAGUUCAAAUGCUCCAUCUGUAUCAUCGACACCAACGACGCCAGGAUUUCCUACUUCAGUUAAUCAAGCACCAUCACAUAUUACAUAUUUACAACGUCACAUUGAAUUAUGUAAGGGUGUUUUGAUCGUACUGACUAUGGCAGGACGCACUUUGGGUCCUCAAUUUUCUGAAGAAACUUGGCUUGUUCUUUUAAAAGUAGUUUUGGGAAUCACAGAUUGCUUAUUACGUGAACUGAUAAUUUCAGAGGGAAAUCCUGAGAAAAAGACAGCCAGUAUUAUGGCAGAUGAUUUAUGUGAACACUUAUUAAGAGUACUUUUUGAGUUGUGGUUGAGAUCAAAAAUUCGGAAAGUUGAAAUGUGGGACAUAUUUAAAAAAUGCUUCAAUCAAUGGACUCACAGACAACAAUCAAUACUACAAUGGAAUGCAACAACCUUAGCUCUAACGCAACGAGUUGUGAGAUUAUUAUAUGGACAGAAAGAAGGUGCAGAAAUGGUGAAUAUUUCAGUGGGUGGUUAUAACGUUGGAUUAGAUCUUCCAGCAGAUUUUGUGUAUUUUGCUUGGUAUAGAAUGGUUUAUUUAAUAAAUAACCCAUGUACAUUACCAUCAACGAAUUUUAUUCUGGCACUUUCUGGAAUUGGAAGAAUCAUUGAAUCAUUUCAAACAAUAGGUCAGACAAGUGUUCAAAAAGUUGCUCAAAAAGAUAUUGAAGGUUCUCUUAUGUCAAUACCUGAUGGUAAUACAAUAUUACAUAUGUUUGGAUCUUGGUUAUUUCAAGCUUGUUCGAUAAAUCGUACAGAUUUGGGUGCUAAACAAGGAAGGGCAGAAGCUUACGGUAUUCUCUGUAGAAUAUUUUGUCUUCCUCAACGAAGGGAAAAGUUUUUAAGAAACUACGUUACCCAAUUCUAUCAAGCUUUAAUAAUAGGUCUACGUACAGAUAGUUGCCUACCAGUUAUUUUGAUAAACACGACGUCUCUUUUUGCUACAGAACUAGAGGGCGUCAGAAUGAUGGUACCUGAUUUUGUUGUGGGCAUUAAGAUGAUUUUACCCAAAUUGGCACCUAACUUCGAAACUGACAUACCUUUGGAUGAAUUGAGACUCGCAGCAAUAAGAGUUGCAAGCACAAUAAUGUGUUUGCCCAAUCAUUUUGAGAAAGUUUCUUUAAGAGCAAAUUGGAAUGUGGGAUUACAUCAGAAUGGAGAUAAACUUGUUAAUAAUGAUCCUGACGAGAUUGUUGUGAAUGAACUUAUACGAGUUUUAUAUUCUGAGGAAGAUAAUAGAGGUGACACAAAUGACAAAAAUUCAACGGAACCAUUUACGACUCUUAAAUUCUACAUACUUGAACUACUUUUAACAUCACUCAAAACCGAAAGGUCAUCUUAUAAUCUUAGAUAUAUUCUUCAUUUAAUUAACGUAUAUGUGGUAGAAGAUGUGGCAUUCUGUCCUGGUUUAGUUGGACUCGUAGUAAAGUCAAUUCAAGAAAAGGUAUUGACUAUGAAUCUUCCAUCAGAUGUCACAUUAUAUGCUUUUGACGUUUUAAAAGAUUUUGUUGGAUUAUAUGAAUAUGUUCAGAGAGAUAGUAAGAAUUGUGCAAGAGAAUUAGUGUUGGCUUUUUCGCGAUACAUUGAUAUGAUGCUUUCUGGAGGUUAUGGAGGAUUGUCCUUAACGUAUUAUUUAGUUGAGCGCGCAUAUGACUGUAUGAUGCGUUGGAUUCUUGUUGGACAAUGGAUAGUUGGUGACCGUGAUUGUCAUGAAGCUGUUAUAGCGACAAUAAGUCGAGGGAUUUCUAUAAAUCCAAAUAAUGAAGAUGAGGGUUCAUCGCAUUCGAAUCCUUCGAACGAUAAAAAAAAGAACCGAAGAGAAACAACUCCAAAUAAGCUCUUUGCACCUCGAUCAAAGAAUACAGCCACACAUAGUGAAAAUACUUCUCACCAUAAUGGCCAAAAUCGAUAUGGGAAGAAGGGUGAAGUUGCUGUCAAAAUUGCCGCUGAGAUUGCAAUGGCUCAGUUCGUUAAUUAUCUUGGAAAUUUUCCUGCAUGGGGUGAUAACAUAGGACCAAGCAGAAUAUCGACCCUUUUCAAUGGUGAUUUAGAAUUGGCAAAGAAACAACUGUCUGAUUCGAAAGAAUCUGAUGGGGUAUCAAUACCUGAAUUGGUUAGAUACUUUUUAAUUGAUAGCAGGGUUUUGGUUGGAUUUGUUGAGAUGCCUAGACAUUUUUCAUGGACUAUUGGUGGAGAUAUGCGGACACCAAGUUCUCCAGGAUCGUCAUCUGAUGCAUAUGCUACACCAACGGCUACCGAAACUCCAGCAUCACCUGUAUCUCCGGGUACCCCCAAAGCCUCGAUACCACAAUCUUAUCUUCGAGAACAAUCAAGUGAAGAAGAUUCUAGCCCUUCAGUUAUUAUAGUUAUGCGUGAUAGUACGGGAAAAUAUUCAUGGACUUCACGUAUGGUUUAUAAAACUCAGAUAGAUGAUAAUGACCAGAAAAAUUCGUCACAAAGCACGAUAGAAAAUGACAAUUACGAGAAGAAAUUACCGUCACUUCGUCGUGCAUUUACUACGUCACAUAGGCCUCAAACUCACCAAGAUAAUAGUUUUCGUUCAAAUAUUCCUCGUAUUGUUAGUUUUAAUGAACAUCAAAUACCAAAGGUUGACAAAAUAUUUGAAGAAGGGAGCGAUAGCUGGAGAGCUUAUAAUGCUGUCAAAAAGUUAACGCAGAGACAAAAAGUAGUAGAGGAACGAUCAUUAGAAGAAAAACAACGGUUAAUGAAUCAUCAAAAUUAUAAAGCAACCCCCGCCGGAUCUAAUUCGAAUUUAUCAAGUCCGCAAGCAUUUCGUUUAUUCAUGUCACAAAUGGGUUUGUUAUCACUAGAAAAUCGACAUCGUAUGAUUCCACUACGAAUUUCGGAAAAGCUUGUCAAUGAUUUGGAAAAAUUAGAUCAAUUACACGAACGGGAUUGUGUUAGUGCUUCUGUGUACUAUGUUCGAUCAGGAGCGGUAGAAUAUGAUCAAAUUAUAAAUCCUUCUACAAUUAGUGAAGACUUUGAAAAGUUUUUGAAUAGUUUGGGAUGGCCGGUAUCUAUUAGUACACAUUCCGGAUUUAAAGCUAAACUUAGUUCAGCUUUUUGUAAAACAACUCCAUACUUUGCCGAUAGAACUGUUGAAGUAAUAUUUAAUGUUCCUUAUUUAAUACACACACCAUUAUCUGAUUCAUCAAUGGAAUCUUUAUCAAGCAUAAUUAAAAAUAUAACAGUGGAUGAUUUAGUAUGUAUUGCAUGGAUUGAAGAUAUAGCGUCUAUGUCUAAUGUACCUCAAAAAAUAGGACAGACAGUUUUUGUAUAUAUAUUUGUUCACCCUUUGCAAAAUACUGGAUUAUAUUGGAUAAGGAUUGUUAUUCCUAUAGUUACAUAUCAAGGAACGAUUAGUGGAUUAGGUGACAAGAAAGGAGGGAAGGGUAGAGUUAGCUGGAGCGCUGAUACCGCAAAAUUAGCUGAAAAUCAUUUGUCAUUUGGUCCGUUAGUUGACGGCAUGAUUGUUAGCAGACACACUUUGGGUUUACUCGUAAGGAACACAACAAUAUCAGCACACGAAGUAUUCAAGAAUUUGACAGAGACACAUCAUAAUAGAUCAUAUGCUAUGAGAAGACAAUUUAUUGAAGAAAUGUAUCAUAGAUAUAAAAGUAAUCUUUCUAUUUCAGAGUGA